GUAUCCUUUGAGUAACGAUGGGAAUUCCCCAUUUCUUCUUUCCUGGAAGUUUCUGACAUCGAUGUGAAGAUUCGUGGACAAAGACGAACUGUUGCCGUAUGUAGUUAACAUGAUGAGAAAAGAUACAACAAUUUAUUGUUGGUCCACGCAUGUGCAAUUGUUGAUGAUACUUUUGUUUUUGGUUACCGUUGACUGCAGUAAACCAAAUGUUGUCAAGAGAAAAUGCUCGCUGUUUAAUGAAUUUAAAGCGAUCAUGGUCGAUGGAUCGACACAAUGUACACCAUGUAGUUCCAGUUGUAAAAAGGGCGAAUGUGUAUUAACAUAUUGCAAUGGCAACACUGAUACAAUUUGUCGGAGAGUUGAAUUGAACGAAUUUAUUGAAGGGGCGGUGUGUUACCCAUGCACAUAUUGUGGAAGCAGGCGUGAAGUUUUACGACAUUGUUCAACUCAUUCAGAUACAAAAUGCGGUGGAUGUAUAACAGGUUUUAAAUGGGAUCGUAUGCUCGAAGAAUGUCUUCUCGAUCCUCAACUAAAGUCUGUCCAACACGAUCUCCAAUCAGAUCAAACAUUUCGAUCCAUCCUAAACAAUGCCGCUGUGACGUUUCGAUCUUCAUCCCAGAGCAAUAUUACAAUUGGUCCAAUGAGUUCUUCAGCUAAACAUAAAGGAUUCAUUACGUGUCUCACAAUUGCCCUCACCUUGGUAUUAGGAUGUGUUGUUGGUGUUAUUCUUCUGGUCAUAAUGAUAAAGAGAAAUGAAAGAUCCAACAUAGUAAUCAAGGGAAAACAGGAAAGAAAUGCAUAUAUGAAAAUUCCUAUUUAAAAUGAUCGGGACAUUAAACUUCGCAUGUAAACAGUCGAUGUCACAUCACCUUUACCAAUUACUAGAUGGGGAUGGAAUAUUAGAAAAUUCUGACUGAAAAUGGUGAUAUGUAUUGUAUAACUUUGGACUUUAGCGUGUUCAUUCAAAAUCUCAUCUACUAUUUCGAAAAUAAAACUGAUUAAUUUCCUUCAGUUACCGAUUACCAUAUGUUUUAAUUUUUCAUUUAAUUCAUGUAUGUUUACCUUAAAGCUAAGGAUGUAAAUCGAACUCAACGUUUUGGCGUUAAACUGGUUCAAAUACGGAGGUAAUUUCGGAGGUAAUUGUGGUUUCAUAACUAAUGAAGAGUAGUGUACUUUCAUUUCGA